UGUCUAAAAUCUAAGGAAAAAUAUGUUUCAUAAAAAAGAAAUAUGAUGCAUAUGUAGAAAGAAAUAUAUGAUAUAUACUGCGAUUCGGUUACAAGAACACAUGAUUCAACGAAACCUCGAAAGUUAUUUUUAAAAUGACAGAAAAAUAAAAUAACAGCUGAAAUGAUAUAUGUUUCUUGUAAAACGUAGUACAUACAUGCACUCACAGUGGAAUGUGAAAUAAAUUUGUCAACCUUUUGAUACUAUGCAUUAAAUGAAAAUAUUAUUCCUUAAAAUCCCAACCGUUGUAUCCAGACACGUACCAUGCUAUAUAGAAACAAAACAAAACAAAAAAAUUGCGUUUCUCUUGUUGUUGUUAAAAGGAGAGGGAAGAAGAGAGAUAGAGAGCGACGCCAUGAGCACGUCGGGGGGCUCUGUGUUAAAUGCAUAUGCGCUGGAGUUUAACCCAAAUCCCGACAAACGUUGUAUAUUUGUCACGUUCUCUAACGGCUUUCCUCUCACAGAAAGCCAGAUCUUCGGUUACUUCGACAGGAUGUACCCGGGGAGUGUGGUGGACGUGUAUGUCCACAAGCCUAGGCCAACAGGGAGGGUGGCUAGGCAAGGUUUGUUUGGAAAAGUGAUGUUCAAUUCUCAUUACAUACCAGGUUGUGUGCUGGGGCAUUGUGAAAAGGUUUGCGUUGUCAUCGAUGGGCGUCCUAUGUACUGCAGAAGGUUCGUUAGUCAGAGGUCAAGAACCGCCAAUGCAGCAGCCCUCGGUGAUCGUCGCUAGUGAUUCGGCCGGGAGGUUGAAGGUGAAACCCUUUUGUUGUAUAUCAACGAAAGGGUUUCUUGAAUAAGUUUCGUUCUUGUUUUUAAUUUCAUGAAUAAAGGGAGUGAACUAGCCUCUCAUGUGGUAUGUAGUCACCUAUUUUAAUCCUGUUGACAAACUAUGUUGAAGUAUGUUUUAUUUUAAGUGGUUGAACUAUA